GGGGAACCUGUCUGGUGCCCUGCAGCUCUGCAGACUAGCUUUCUGGGUUUUGGGUUGUUUUUUUAAAUUUUGGAAAGUGGGGCGGGGAGAAGUGACUUUUUUUUAUGUUAAACACCACUAGUUUUCUCUCAGUGCUAUGGGAGAUGUCAAGGAAUCAAAAAUGCAAAUAGCACCGGAAACUCCAGGAAGGAUUCCUGUUUUAAAUCCUUUUGAAAGUCCUGGCGAUUAUUGCAAUCUCCAUGAACAAACUCUCUCCAGUCCUUCUGUGUUUAAGUCAACAAAAUUACCAACUCCGGAGAAAUUUAGAUGGUCUAUUGAUCAACUAGCCGUAAUAAAUCCUGUAGAAAUAGACCCAGAGGAUAUUCAUCGUCAGGCUUUAUAUUUAAGUCGUUCUCGAAUAGAUAAAGAUGUGGAAGACAAAAGACAAAAAGCCAUUGAAGAGUUUUUCACGAAAGACGUCAUUGUACCUUCUCCUUGGACAGAUCAUGAAGGAAAACAGCUUACAGAGAAGCAUUCCAAUAAAUGUGUUAAUGUAAAUAAUGGAUCUCCUGUUGGAAGAAAGCUGACAGUACAGUCUGAGAAAAUUAAUGCUGCUUGUCAGACGCUGCUGUCUCUUCCUGUGGAUUUUAAUUUAGAAAAUGUAUUAGGCGACUAUUUUAGAGCUGAUGAAUUUGCAGAUCAGUCUCCUGGAAACCUCAGUUCUUCUUCUCUUAGAAGGAAGCUGUUUUUAGAUGGCAACGGAAGCAUCUCUGACUCUCUAUCUCCUCCGUCUCCCAGGAGUCCUCAUAGUGGGACUCAGGCAUCACUUGAGGUCUUUUACUCAAUAGAUUUAUCUCCAGUGCCAUGUAAGAGCCCAGAGCAGACACCAAGUUCGGGACAGUUCUCUUCGAGCCCUAUUCGGGGCAGUACAAAGAAAUACAGCUUGGGAAGUAUAACCAGUCCGUCACGGAUUUCUUCACCCAGUUUCUCACCAGUUGCAUUUCAAAUAGGAAAAACACCACUCUCAGAACAAAGGAAGUUGACUCUGCAUUCGCCCGAUGCUUCCUCUGGGGCAAAUGUGAACGGGAUCACCAACCCCUGCAUCCGAAGCCCAUACAUAGAUGGCUGCUCGCCAAUUAAAAACUGGUCCCCGAUGAGGCUCGAGAUGUAUCAGGGUGGUACUCCGUACCGGACGUCGCUGAUCCGGAUCCCGUUCACCCUGGAGACUCACAGUGAAGACGAAGAGGAUCAAGCCACUAGCCUGUCGACGGUGGCCUCGUCCCCAGCCAUGGACACCAAUGGCCUCCAGCGGCGGCCGGUGAGCGGUGACGUUUCUCCGCACUGCUCACGUUUGGUGGUGACCACCAUGUCGAUCGUGCAGAGCCAGUCCAGCGCCCCUGAGAAGGAGUCGGCCCUGCGGGAGGCCGAGCGGGGCCAGGAGAAUGACACGGUGGAUAUGGUGGAUCCCACGGAGAUAGCGGAUGAGAACACCUGGGGGAAGGAGCCCGUUGGGAACGGCAGCUCACCCAUGACGGAUUUUGUGAGCGGCAUCGCCUUCAGUAUUGAGAACUCGCAUAUGUGCAUGUCGCCUCUGGCCGAAAGCAGCGUCAUUCCUUGUGAAAACAGCACUAUUCAGAUGGACAGUGGCUAUAAUACACACAAUUGUGGAAGCAAUAUGAUGGAUACGGUUGGAACGGAAAGCUACUGCAAGGAAAGUGGUGGGCAGAGCUUGGAUGUUGAAAAUAAAUCUCAAGAUUUGACAAAGCAAGACCACGUAACACCGAGGCGUUGGAGGAAAACGGGGGAUGCUGCUCGGUGCAGCAGUCCAUGAAAUACCUCUCGGGAGCUGACUGCUCUGGAGACUUCUCGCUUCCUGUCUGUGUGCAUGAUCGAUGAUGUGAUUGUGAUUGGGGGAAAAGAAGCUUCAAUGUGUUCAGCUUUAUCUUUCCUUCCUUAAUGUGAAAAAAAAUCAAAGGCUGAAUUUAGAGGUACGGGAGCAAUAGAAGAGCUCCUGGAACUUUUCAACAAGUGAAGUACAAGUUUAUUUUUUAACCAAUAAAUAUUUUUGUACUUACACUGUGUGGAGUGUUUAUAAAUGCAAAGGGUAAUGACUUUGCUCACAGCAAAGAGGGUCAACGGACUGCUUAUUUGCUAGCUGUCCUGACUAGCAAGCACCAAACUUAAAUGUCUGGAAAAGUGGAACUGAGAAGGUACUAUUUUAUGAACAGACACUGAAGUUAGAAUUUAACCUCCAUAAAACAAAUCACAUCUCAGUAUCUUGUUUUGGUUUUCGAGUCCUGGCUCUGUGUUCAGCGGUCACUCUUGGCAGGGCUCAAAGGACCAUACAGGGUGCUGGGGAUUGAACCUGGGUUGGCUUCGGUGUGUAAGACAAACACCCUACCCACUGUGCUAGAGCUCCAGCCCUAAGUCUCAAUAGCUAACCUACAUGAUAAACAUCCAAAAUGUUUUCAUGACUUAAUGACAUGAUCAUUAUUCAGUUCCUAUUAUCUUUUAAUAUAUAAAUACUAGGGGCUAGUGACACAGGGGUUACAGCACCUGACCUGGCUCUGGUCAAUCCUGGCUCAAUUUUGGUGACCCCCUAAGCACUGCAGGCUGUCCACUCCCCCACUUAAAUGAUAGCUGAAAAUGAUAAUAACUGCCAUCUUCAAACUGUUAGGAGGUUCAGUGGGAUCCCCUAACGGUACAUCCAUUCUUCCAGGCUAAAUAGGUGACUGGGAAGUUUCUAUGGGGAUUCAGAUCUAUGAAGCUCAGCAGACAUGUAACCUACGUUUUUAAAACCUACCAAUAGGAGGGGCCUGGGGGACAGUACAGUGGGUAAGGAGCUUGCCUCCUAUGUGGCUGACCCAAGUUCAAUCUCUGGCAUUCCCUAUGGUCCCCCAAGUCCACCAGGAGUGGUCCCUGGGCACAGAGCCAGGAGUAAGCGCUGAGCACUGCUGAGUGUGGCCUAAGAAUUAAAAACAAACUUGGGCGCCAGAGAGACACUAUGGUGUA